GCGAACCGGAGUGGAAGCGCUAGAAUCUCGAACCGUGGCGACAUUUUCAGCUCAUUUCAUUUCCUCUUCAUCUACAGGCCCAAAUAGGACUGUCUGCUCUCAAACCCACAACAGCUGCAUGCUCGGGACAAACCGGAGCCCAAGCCCUCAGAAGAGAAGCAGACGCUCAUGCGCGAUAUUCGCUGGCUCUGAUGGUUCUCGUCUGAUGCUCAGAGACUCCAGCUUCAGUCCUCAGCAUGUCUGCUCUACAGGUGUCGUGGCCGCCGGGCACCGAGUGUGUGGCCAAGUAUAACUUCCAGGGCAGCACAGAACUGGACCUGAGCUUCUGUAAAGGAGACCUGCUGACCAUCAUCGGCGUUACCAAGGACCCGAACUGGUACAAAGCGAAGAACUCUGUUGGCCGAGAGGGAAUGAUUCCAGCAAACUACGUCCAGAAGAGAGAAGGAGUCAAAUCAGGAGGAAAGCUCAGUCUGAUGCCGUGGUUUCACGGUAAGAUCACGCGUGAGCAGGCGGAGCGGCUGCUGUAUCCGCCGGAGACCGGGCUGUUCCUGGUGCGCGAGAGCACAAACUACCCCGGAGACUACACGCUGUGUGUGAGCUGCGACGGCAAGGUGGAGCACUACCGCAUCAUCUACCACAGCGGAAGACUGUCCAUCGACGAGGAGGAGUACUUCGACAACCUCAUGCAGCUGGUGGAGCAUUACACCAAAGACGCUGAUGGUCUUUGUACGCGGCUCAUCAAACCCAAGCUGAUGGAGGGGACGGUGGCAGCGCAGGACGAGUUCUCCAGGAGUGGAUGGGCUAUGAACAUGAAAGAUCUCAAACUCAAACAUACCAUCGGCAAAGGAGAGUUCGGAGACGUGAUGGUGGGAGAAUACAGAGGGACCAAGGUGGCAGUGAAGUGCAUCAAACACGACGCCACGGCUCAGGCUUUCCUCGCUGAAGCUUCAGUCAUGACUCAGAUGAGACACACUAACCUGGUGCAGUUAUUAGGGGUGAUCGUGGAGGAACGAGGCAGUUUGUUCAUCGUGACUGAAUACAUGGCUAAGGGCAGUCUGGUGGAUUACCUGCGCUCUCGAGGCCGGACCGUGUUGGGCGGCGAGUGUCUGCUCAAGUUUUCUCUGGACGUCUGCGAGGCCAUGGAGUAUCUGGAGGCCAAUAACUUCGUGCACAGAGAUCUGGCGGCUCGUAAUGUGCUGGUGUCCGAUGAUAACAUCGCUAAAGUCAGUGACUUCGGACUGACCAAAGAGGCGUCGUCCACUCAGGACACGGCCAAGCUGCCCGUCAAAUGGACGUCGCCCGAGGCGCUGCGAGAGAAGAAGUUUUCCACUAAAUCUGACGUGUGGAGCUACGGCGUUCUGCUGUGGGAGAUUUACUCUUUCGGACGAGUGCCGUACCCCAGAAUUCCGCUGAAGGAGGUGGUGCCGCGGGUGGAGAAGGGCUAUAAGAUGGAGGCUCCUGACGGCUGUCCGGUGGUGGUGUAUGACCUGAUGAAGCAGUGCUGGACGCUGGACCCGGCCGGACGACCCUCGUUCCGUCUGCUGCGAGAGAAGCUGCAGCACAUCAGAGCCAAAGAUCUGCAGCUGUGAGGAACAUCUGACCUCCUCGCUGUGCUGGAGACUGGACUGUUGAUCUGGACACUGACGUGUGUGUGUGUGUGUGUGUGUGUGUGCGUGUGUGUGUGUGGCAGUACUCGCUCCUCAUCUCCUUUGCUUCUCUGUUCUGUGAGGAAGGCUGGUCUUUUCUCUCUCGCUCCUGUCUCAUGAAAACACACAACUCAUAUUUCACGCCAAAAUCAAAAUAUAAAGUUGAAUUUUAAUUUUAAUUCAUGUUAUACAUCCAGGUUUUAUUUUGUAGUUGUCAUUAUUCUCAAUGAUGAUUACUGUAUUCUUAAUAAAAACAUUGUGUUACAAAGAUUUAAAUGACAUUUGAAUUGGCAUAAAAUAAUUGUAAAUCAUUUUUAUGUAAAAAUUAGUAUACAUUUUUUUUCUCUCCUUCAAAAGUAUAAAACUGAUGUAAACUAUGGUUAUAUAUAUAUAUACAUGUAUAUAAAAAACAUUUAAUGUGAAAGGCUGUCUCCACCAUGGAAUAAAAAUAAAUGAAUAAAAGUAAUUGUUACUGUUAAUUGCUACUUCAUCUCACAGUUCUGAGUUCUUCACUUCUUAAUUCCGAGAUAUACAUUUAUAGUCACUUAUAUUUUUUUUAUGUUGCAGAAACAAGUUUCCAGUUUUUACUGCCAUCAUGUACAAGUGUUUUUGUUGUUUUUGCAUUAGAGUGAUGAAAAUUUGAUUAGUUUGCAUUACAGAAAUAUGAAAGAAUUAAUUGGCACUAUUUUUUAAAGCAAGAAUUGUUUUCAUUGUGAUUUUGUGAUGAAUUUUGAGCUGCACGUGUUCUUCAUGAGAUCCACCGCUGUCGUGUGUGUGUGUGUGUGUGUGUGUGUGUGAGUGUGUGUGUGUGUGUGUGUGUGUGUCGAAGUGCCUGCUGCAGUUGACAGAGCAGUGCCUGUGUUCCUCUGACAUCUUUAAAAUCUUGUUUUUUUAAAUGAGUCUUUUAUUUUUUUGUAUUUGUUGAUUUGUCAUCUGUGACGAAAUGGUGUUUGUGUUCACUAGCACAAUGAGCUGGGAAACACACACACACACACAUCCCAGCUGAGCUCACGUGCCUGCUAUCUCUCUCUCUCUCACACACACACACACACACACACUCCCUCUAGUGGACUGGGAGGGUCAGUCCAUCACAACUCUGUUUUAUAUUAAAAUCUAUUUAAGAUGGACUCGUGCAUGCUCAGAGAGGCCUUGAGUAAAGUGUCAGUGCUUUCAAUGUUCAUUGUUUUAAGAUUCUUCCAUGAUUAUGAAUAAAUCAUUCCAUCUGAC